AAACCCAAAAAUAUCGAUUCUUUCCUCUUCCCUGGGCUAUACCACGUUGCUGCUCUUCAGAAUAACCCUCUGAAAAUCUGGGACUCCUAUCGCCAACGGUUCAUGCACUCACGCCCCAUCAUACUCUUUGCUACAGGCGACACACCAGCUAUGGCAUACAUGAACGGACUUGUGGGGCACUCUGGGGCGCAUGGCUGUCGGCUGUUCUGU